AUUAUGUCAGUACAUAAUUUUAAUUCAAGUGUGCUAGAGAACUUACUUUUCUUAUAUUGGCAGCACUGAUGGCGUCAAUUUCUACAGUGCAUCGCACAUUGCUUUCCCGCGUAUUUACACAGAACCUUAAAUAUUUGUUCAUCUGUGAUAUGUGUGUUAUGUGUGAUCUACGUAUAAUAUAUUUUUAAACAAAAAUGUCNGAUNACACGGAAAUAGCUAAUCGUUUGUUAAGAAUAGCAGCUAGUGCGUCAAACGAAUCAACACAAGAAGAACNAGACUUUUCAUCCUUGGUGACAGCUACUCGAAGAAAUUUCAGAAAAACUGAUAUAUCUAGUCCAAAUAGAGGACGUAAGAGAAAGAAGACAUUUAACAAGAAAGUAGUUUUAAUGAAAUUAGCACACGCCGAUUUUUUCCCAUCCAAUGUCGAAUUAAAAUUUUUGAAACAGAGAGGAUUAGGUGUAUCUGAUGAGUUGCUCGAAAUAGAAAGAGAUCGCACGUUUGAUGAAAUAAAAGAAGAUAUCAUUUCACUUUUUCGUCCUUCUAUUCAAAACUUAUUACGAAUGUGCGGCUUUAGAUUGGGAAGAGUUGACAAAUCGAAGAAACUCAUUAUUCUUGGAGAUAUUCAAAAUGGAACUGAUUUAGAAAAUCAAUUGAAGCAAAGCAAACUUAUCGUACUUCCUUUGAACGAUUUUCCAGACAAUCUUCCUCUUAUUACAGAAUCAAAUACUUUUGCUUCUGAAACAGCAAGAAAUAGUUCAACGUUGUCUUUAACUCAGAGAAACAGUGAUUCUGAUACUAUUANAUUAGAACAAACUUUAUCAAGUACUUUGUCACCACAAUCUCCAGGAACAAGUGAUCUGCCAAGAAGAUCAAGAAGAACACAGUUCCGAAUAGUUGAAGAUGAAGAAGAAAAUUCUGAUGAAAAUAAAGAUGAUGAAUUGUGUGGCAAAGAAGAUACUAUUGCAGAGAAAUGCUUGAUAUUUCCAUGCCUUCCAGAACAUGCAGAAGAAAUUACUAUUGAAGUAAAAAGGAGUAACUGUCUUCACAAUUUGAUAAAUUUAUAUAAAGAUGAAUAUGUAGUUAAUAAGAGGUUGCGAGUCACUUUUGUUGGAGAAAUAGGUCUUGAUGGAGGUGGCCUUACUAAAGAACUGUUUAAUCUUUUUUUUGUUCAAUGUGAGGGAAUAUUUUUUAAAGGUGAGGAUUGUAUAGUCCCAUACUUGGAAUUAAACAGACUAAAUGAACUAGACAAGUUUGUUACAAUUGGACGGAUCUUACAGCAUAUGUUGCUUUUGACAAAUCAAAUUCCUGUAAAAUUAUCAAGAAUUACAUUAAUGUUAAUUGCAAAUUGUGAGCAACAGAUUGAAUCUGAUAUGUUAAUACAAGAAUUAUUGCGUUACGUAAAUCCGUACUUGCGGAAGAUUUUGAAAAAAGCAUUGAAGAAUUUUAAAUCUUUACAUGAAAAAGAAACUGAGACUAUUCAGGACUUUUUCCAAACACACCGGUUUUUUGCAAAACCAAAUCCCGAUAUAUUUUCAGAACAAUUAAAUAUUAUUGCCACAGAAAUUUUAGUAGAGAAACCUAAAAGGCUCAUUGCAAAACUUCGACAUGGUGUAUCACCUGAAAAUCAUGCUGAUUUCUGGAAUAAUUGUGAUUUUGAUGUUCUUUUAGAUAUGCAAACACCUACUGCGACAAAAAUCAUUAAUUGUUUAGUGACCGACUCUUACUUAACAAAUGAAGAAACUGAUGUAUUGCAUUAUUUCACAAUGUACAUUCAAUGUCUUGACAAAGAUAAGCUGGCAAAUUUAGUAUUUUUAAUUACUGGAUCUUUUCUUAUGCCUAUCAGUAUUAAUGUACAAUUUAAUGACACAGUAGGUUUAAGCCAAAGACCAAUAUUUACUACAUGUACCAAUACUAUAAUCUUACCAAAAACGUAUGCACAUUAUAAUGAUUUGAAAAAUGACUUGAAUAUGUGUUUAAAUACAGAAGAAGUCAAAGAAUAUACCAGCUAUUAAUCAAGUAAUACGUAUCAAAAUGUCAUUUAUUAUUUACUUAAAAAUUUAAAUCGAAAUAUCAUGGCUGCGGUCCGUUUUGUGAUGAAGCGCACUGUAUUUAUCUAUAGUAUACGUUACAUAUAAAUACUACAGAUAAAUGCGCGUUUAAGCAUUAAACGGACCAAAGCCUAUGGGCCUCCGCACAAACUCGUUUGUAGCGCGUUACGUUACGUUAAGUACUAACUAUAAACUUAGAUUCACACGUAAACUAGAACUUUAUUCAACGCACAAACAAACUUCACUUAAUGUAGCAUAAUUGUAGUACGUUAAGUUUGUUUGUGCGUUGAAUAAAGUUGAAAGUUACCAAUCUAAGUUUAUGGCAAGUACUUAACAUAACGUAACGCGUUACGAAAGAAUUUGUGCAAAGGCUUUAUAUCGUGUUAAGAAUGAAUAGAUUAAUAUUUAUUUAUUUGGUUAGUGGUCUUGUGAGACAGUUCUAGUGACAGUUUUCAAUUACAGUUUUACGUGAUUAGUAGACAUAACAUAUUAAGAUAUGUACGUGGUAAUAUUUUAAUUUGAAACGAUACAAAUAAAAUAUAAUGAAACUCUUUGGUGCAA